UACAAAUCUCAAGGAUCUCUUGCCAACAAAUUGACCGGUGAAGGAGAUAGCGGGGAUGUUGAUACGCAACUUACUAAAAUGGAUGUGGUUCUUACUUUCCAAAUAGAGGUUGUUGUAAUGGAAGUUAAAGGAUUAAAAUCAUUAGCGCCGAAUAGAAUUGUAUACUGCACCAUGGAGGUUGAAGGUGGAGACAAACUGCAAACUGAUCAAGCCGAAGCAUCAAAGCCAAUGUGGGACACCCAGGGUGACUUUAGUACAACCCAACCAUUACCAGCUGUUAAAGUGAAACUCUAUACUGAAAAUCCAGGUGUACUUGCUUUAGAAGAUAAAGAAUUGGGAAAAGUUGUGCUCAGACCAACGCCUCUGUCUAGUAAGGCACCCGAAUGGCACCGAAUGACCGUACCAAAGAAUCUUCCUGAUCAAGAUUUAAGAAUCAAAAUUGCCUGUCGGAUGGACAAGCCACUUAAUAUGAAGCAUUGCGGGUACUUACAUGUAAUCGGAAAAGCCGUUUGGCGGAAAUGGAAAAGGAGGUACAUGGUCCUUGUACAAGUCAGCCAGUACACCUUUGCGUUGUGCUCAUACAAGGACAAGAAGUCGGAGCCAUCAGAAAUGAUGCAGCUAGAUGGAUUCACCGUCGAUUAUAUUGAACUUGCUAGUGCUCAACUAAUGGUUGGACAAGAGCUCGAAGGUGCAAAGUAUUUUAUGAAUGCGGUACGUGAUGGUGAGUCCGUACUGAUGGGUGUAACCGAUGAGAACGAAUGUCAUCUGUGGGUGAUGGCUCUGUACCGCGCCACUGGUCAAAGUCACAAACCCACUCCGCCCACCACAUCUGACACUCACAUAAAGAUAAUGGGAGAUGCUGAUAAGGCAAGAAAACAUGGUAUGGAGGACUACAUACAGGCAGAUCCAUGUACAUUCGAUCAUCACCAACUAUUUUCAACACUUCAAUCACUGACCCUCAAAUACCGACUUCAGGAUCCAUAUUGCUCUUUGGGCUGGUUCUCACCAGGUCAAGUUUUCGUUCUGGACGAGUACUGCGCCAGAUAUGGAGUUCGUGGCUGCUACAGACAUUUGUGUUACUUGUCUGAUCUACUUGAUGUUGCCGAGAGCGCCACGCAAUUGGUUGACCCUACGCUAAUGCAUUACUCAUUUGCCUUCUGCGCCAGCCACGUCCAUGGAAAUAGUACGGCCACGUUGCCUGGCAGGCCUGACGGAGUGGGCAGCAUAACCGUGCAAGAGAAGGAGAAGUUCGCAGAAAUUAAAGAACGAUUGAAGGCCCUGCUACAGCAUCAGAUAACUAACUUCAGAUAUGCUUUCCCAUUUGGAAGACCAGAAGGAGGUUUGAAGGCAACACUAUCAUUGCUGGAGCGGGUCCUGAUGAAAGAUGUCGUGACACCGGUCCCGACUGAAGACGUGCGCGUUUUGAUCAAGAGCUGCCUAGAAAACGCUGCUCUGUUAAACUACACUCAACUUAGUCAAAAGGCUAAUAUUGAAGAAGAUCUAAGAGGUGAUACGAUGGUAACUCCAGCUAAAAAGUUAGAAGACUUGAUACGACUGGCUGAGCUAUGCGUAGAUCUUUUACAACAAAACGAAGAGCACUAUGCUGAGGUUUAUAACGCAAAAUCGGACACAGCCGGUCAACAAAAUGCAUUUGCGUGGUUUUCUGAACUUCUUACGGAGCACGCAGAGAUCUUUUGGGCACUGUUUGCAGUAGACAUGGAUAGAGUAUUGGCUGAGCAGCCUCCAGAUACAUGGGAUUCGUUCCCAUUGUUCCAAAUACUUAAUGACUAUUUGCGCUCCGACGGUAAGAUGAAAGAAACCCUUAAAUGUGGUCGCUUCCAUGAGCAUCUGCGAGACACUUUCGCUCCACUCGUAGUGAGAUACGUAGACCUUAUGGAGUCUUCCAUAACACAAUCUUUGCAUAAGGGAUUUGAAAAGGAACGAUGGGAGAUCAAAGGAAACGGCUGCGCAACAAGUGAAGAACUAUUCUGGAAGUUAGAUGCUCUUCAAAGCUUUAUCCGUGAUCUUCAUUGGCCUGAGCCAGAAUUUCGAACCCAUUUGGAGCAGAGGUUAAAGCUGAUGGCAAGUGACAUGAUGGAGAAUUGCAUCCAAAAAACAGAAGCUGCUUUCCAGGCGUGGUUGAAGAAGAGUGUGACAUUCAUGUCAACAGACUACAUAAUACCAGCUGAGAUUUGCGCAAUGGUAAAUGUAGCUCUUGAUGCGAAGAACCAAGCACUGAAGUUAUGUGCUGUGGAAGGAGUCGACGUUUACCAGUCCCAUGCUAAAAUGGAUACCCAGAUCGAGGCCUGUCUGCAGGCAAUGAUGUCAGGGAUGACGACACGGCUGUCCGCAGUGCUGGAAGCAACGUUGGCCAAAAUCGCACGCUUUGAUGAAGGAAGUUUGAUUGGAUCAAUUCUGACGAUUGCGAACGUGUCUGGUUCCGGUAAAGACAUUGGUCAAGGCUACGUCAACUUCAUGAGGAACUCUAUGGAUCAAAUUAGAUCUAAGGUGACAGAUGAACUGUGGAUUCUGCAGUUAUUCGAGCACUGGUAUGCGGUCCAGAUGACCAUGAUUUGCAAAUGGUUGGAAGUACGGCCAGCUUUACAUCUACAGCAAGUUGCAUGCCUCUCAAUAGUUGUCAAGAAAAUGUACAGCGAUUUCGAGCUGCAAGGAGUGAUCGAUGAAAACUUGAACACCAAGAAGUACCAAGAAGUGGCUGCCAGAAUGCAUACAGAAGAAGCGACCUGCAGUUUGCUGUUGGCCCAACAAGAUACAGGUGGUGGAGAUGAAGGUUCGGAAGAGGGAUCGAAAGGAGGCAAGUCCAAGUUAGAAUCUCUUACCGAAGACGCGAAGCUUGGAAAUAUGUCUGCUGUCGUUGGAAAGGUUGGCAACAUGUUCGGGCGAGGAAUCGGCGAGCUAUCAACAAAAUUAGGCGGUGCCUCAUCCUGGUUUUAGCGUAAAUUUUUUCAGAGCCAUUACUUUAACAAAUUCCAUUGCAUCAUUUACUAUCAAAAACAUAAAAGAAAUCUUCAAAACCUUCACUGUGAUGUGAAAAUGUAGCGUUUCGACCCAUUUGAAUGGCGUCCGUAGCUUAGAAGUGAUUUAAGUAGAAUUUGUUUUGUAAGCUUACUUAUGUACAGUUAGAAAGAUUCAUUUAUAAAGCAAAUAAUAUGUAUUAGGUGUGAAUAUUAUUCUAGUAUUUGAUAAACUUGAGUAAAAUAAUUUAUUUAGACGUGAAAUGCAUAAUAAUUAUUAAGUACACGUGUACCAAGCAGUGCUAACAAUAAUUAUACAUAUCGCUUUGGGCAAAUAUAGUAUAAUCGAUGGUAAAUUAAUAUAUUAAAGAACAUAAAAUUAUUUACAAAUGUGUUAAAUAGCUACUAUUGGGUCGGUUACACGAAUGGAUGAGAUUUUAGCCGAGCGACACGGCAGGCGAUUUUUAUUUCAUGUACAAUGGUUUAAUGAUGUUAAAUAUCGGGAUACAUUUGUAACGUACAAAUUAUUGUACGUUAUUUAUUUAUCCCAACAUCAAGAGUGACAAAAGAAGAAAACUAAGAAAAAACAACUUAUAAUACGUGUCACAGGCAAACUUUGUGUGAACAAACGGCAUAAUAUAAUGACAAAUUUACUUCCCAAAAAGGACACUAGUUUCCAAUCGUGCAUUGAGAGCGUUAGUAAUUACAUCUGAUCCAUUUUUAUUGCAUAUCAUUGGUCACAAAUAUGACUUAUAUAGAAGUUUAAUUUCGCUGUUGACAACUGCUAAACUUGGCUUUAAUAAGAUGUAUCUGUCUUAGAUAGUUUAUACGUUUUGAAAAAGACAAGUUUUAUUGCUUUAGUGUGAGUGACAAGCUGCUUUUUACAAUCGCGAUUUGUAUGUCGCUUUGUGUUGUUAAAAUAGAGGUAAACCGUCACUAUAUUUUUCGACCCUUUCACAGCACGUUGUCACAGUCUGGACGUAUAAAAGAUCUAAGGUGUCUUUAGCAGUUCUACCACUAAGGACUAAUAAGCACGUACGAAAACGAUGAAAUUUUAAAGAGGUCAGGUUAGAAAACUGCGAGACAUUUGCAUUUUGCUGUUAAUACACCCUUGCAUAUGCUAAAAAAUCGCUUGCCGUGCUCAUAGAUCCUACUUAAACCCUUAUGUUUGAUAUUCAACUUAAAAUGUCUCUAGUAAUGAAUGAAAACCACGGACCGAACGAACCACGGAAAAAAAUGACGCGUCCCCUUUAAUCUGACAGAAUUACCUAAAUUAUAAAUUUAAGGCGAUAACAGACAAUAAAUUCUACGUGGACUUAUACCCCUAAAUAAAACUGAGUUUCUUAAGUUCGACUUAAGAUAAAUUUCGUCAUGCCUUGUCGAUUAUUACAAUACUCAGUCUGCAUUCGUUCACAUCUUUAUAAAUACUUCUAUUUUCUCUAUUUCAUUUCUAUUUUCUCUAUUUUAUUUCACUUCUAGUACCUUCAUUUCAGAUUUCUAUGCAUAGUAGAUUUACAUUCCAAACUAGAGCUAAAGUGGAAAGUUACGCUCUGAAUUAUGUGAAGCUGUCCUUUUAAGCCUAACUUACUAACAGGAGAAAGGAAUUUCAAAGAGCGGCUUAAGGCAAUUAUAGAAAUCCAAUUUGAAAAAAAAACCUACAAAACCUAUAAUUCUUUAAACAAUUUGUGUCUUUAUUUUAGUACUGAAGUUUAUUGCAGACAGUACUGCCGCGUGUGUGUAGAUAGCAUUAGUGUGUGAGUGAGAAAAAAAUAUAAGCGACGCCAUUUUAUAUUCUUCUCUCUUCAUUCGAGGAUUUUUAAUAGAAAUUCCGAAAUUUCAAUGUUAUUUUAAGCAUCAUAAGCACGGGAUGAAUUGAAAAUAUCCCGUUAUUAAUCUUUGUUCUAAUUUAUCUCUUUGUAAUUUUUAUUUCUUUUUUACAUACUAACGCAUUCGGAAUUAAUAACACCGUAAAUAAAUCUAUUAUUAAAACUUAGUAUAAUACGUUGGAAAAUCUAAAUACCUGUAUCCAAAACAAUAAAAUAUUUGCUCAUACUAAAUAAUGUAAUUUCUAGAUAUAUUUAGAAAAUGCAUGAAUUAUUUCUUUCAAAUCUCAAAAUAUGUAAUAUGUAAUGUAAUAUUUUUCUAAUCUUAAUAAAAUAUUUUUUUCCAAAUUUUGUAUCUAAGUGCAUGAUAGAAGUAGACAUAUUUUUGAACAAGUAAAAUUAAUAAGAUGAUAUACGAGUAUUUAAAAAUGAUUCGUGUACAUAGUACUCCAAGUUCGGAAUUGAUUAGUUUAUUCGAUGCUUUUUAUGGUCGGCAACACUCUUGUGAUUUCUCUGGUGUAAUGCCUCCUCUCCACUAUCGUCGAUGAUCGUUACUAGAAUGAUCGUCUGUCCUCGGCAAGUUAAUCGUUGAUCAUCGUGUAGGCAUCCACAUGAUUGUCCGUAAUCAUUUAUUGAGCGACAGUCCUUCAAGAUCGACAUAAUUUUUAAAAAUAUUUGUGAGCUAUUAUAGAACUUAUAGUAACGAUAAAGAUCUGAGUACUUAAGUAAGUAAGUAUUUUUAUGUUUGGGACUCCAUAUUUCUCGGUAGUUCUGAUAAAGUUCUAUGAAUUUAAAUAUUUCUUCAUUUGACCACACAGUAGUCAUUGUAUAAAGGACGCGACGACGAAGCGAAGAACGUACAGCUUCGCUCAUUGUCCAGUCAUCAUCAGUAUUCUCCAGUGAAAGAAUGACCGGCGAUCGUGUGGGCACGCGUACGCAACUACAAGCGAAUUUCUUGUCAUGUGUGCCCGAAAAACUGACAAGUCACCGAUCGCCGCAAACACUAUGACAAUUAUAGACGAUGAUCGGCGACUAGAAGCGAAUAAGCCCUCCACACGAUCGUGCUCGCGUGUAAUCGCCUUCAAUCGCCGAUUGUGAAUAGGCGCCAUUACAAGAAAUAUAGGCCGAUCAAAUACAAUUAGGUAACCCUAUUAUAUAGCAAUUCUUUAUUCGAAAUGUUAACAUAAAAGUACACUUCGUCUUCACAGCACCUCCCAACGAAACGAAAGCUGACAAGCGAAGCAUUACGUCGUUACAAAAUAAGGCUGAGAUCUAUAGAGCGUACUUAGACUUAGCCCAGACUUUACUAACGUAAAACUAAGCUGGGUGUAAGCUUAGCAUAGUCUUUAAUUUCGUUUUUAUAGUUGUUUGACAGCUGAAAUUAUGAUGAGCUUAAGCUAAGACAGCCCAAUGGAAAAGUCUAGUUCGCGUUUUAGCACACCGAGCCAAGUUUUACAUUUAAGGAAAAGUCUGAGCAAAAAACAGCCUUAACCUAACGGCUAACCCCGCUUACCGCUUAAUACCUAAUAUCCAAUUUGAGGCCUAAACUAUAGGCAUGUGAGAAAUUUGUAAUGGUAGUUGCGAUGCAAUUAAAAAAUAUAAAUUAAAAAUAUUGACAUUAAGAACAGAAGCUAAAUCCUUCAAAGUACAAAGUAUUAUUUAUUUAUAAUAGAGAUUAAACGUAUAGUGAUUUGACCGGAUACCGGAUGUCGGCAAGCUACGAGCGUUUGAGUAUCUAUUUACUUAUGUGCUACGAGGCAGGAGCGUUGUAUAUCCAGCUACCGGAUGUUAACUACGAGCACAUGAGUUACUGUUUAGUUAGUCAUGUGCUACGAGGCUGGAGCGCUGGAUAUCCAGCUACCGGAUGAUGAAGUGGCAAAGGAUAAUAGUAGUAGUGAUCUUCGCGAUCAAGAAAAACUAAGGAAAUUAAUAUUUUAGUAAAUUUCAUUUUGAGUAUGUACUUAAGUCACACAAAACUAACAUUUUUAUCGUGCAAUUUCAAAAAUAAACGGUGGCCCAUAACGUAUUGUAGUAUGAUUUACCUUGAGUACAAUAAUGAGAUUUUUUUUUAUUUUACCAUCCGGAAUCCAGCCAGUUACUGAAUUACUAUCCUAUAUGGUAUUACUAUAUGGUUUCCGGGCGGAUAGUGCAAACAAGGCCGGAUAGGCUGGAUAUAUGUAGUUACCGCAUAUCCGUUUCAUCUCUAAUUUAUAAGUAAGAAAUUUUAUGAGUGGUAAAGGUACGUCAAUCGGCCAUCUUUGAAUACACGCCGCCAUUUUGUUCUGGGCAGUCUAACAGUGUGAAUCCUAUGUUCAGAUCGAAAUACUACCGGUCGUACGAUAGCAAUAUUAAUUUACUUGUUCAUUAAAAUGUUAUUUUGUAAUAAUAUUUUUGCUCUAGUGUUUGAUCUUCAAUUAAAUAUCACAUGUGCAUCUAGUUCCAAAUCUAGAAUUAUCAAUUUGAAAUUCAAUACAAAAUAAAAUGUAAUUAAUCCAGUAUUUGAUGCUAUAGAUAUUAUCAAUAAAUAUAAUACUAUUGUUGUUUUUGUAAAAUACUUAAAACGUAAUUUAAUUUAUUUUGCCUGUAUAGCCCUUCCAAGUUAUCUGUACAGGUCGCAGCGUCGAUAGUGGUAAUUUUUUUUGUUGCCAAAAUCAUAAAACCUACAAAAUAAUUGGCCACGAUGUGAUGCAACUUCUAAGAGUUUUCGGCUUUUUAUUUGCAUUUUUCAGUAUGAAACAAAACGAUGACAAAAUGGCUUUUUCAAAAUGGCGACUGAUGCAACUAUAGUUUGCAUUUGGACCACUACUCAAUAGAAGUUGGUGGCACUAUAUCAAUGUUCGAAAAUUCAAAUUUUACCUCGAAGGAUCAUUUGCACAUGUGAUAUAAACGCUCUUUAUAAGUACUUCUAGCUUUAUAGUAGAUUCGUUAUUGACAUUCCUUGGGUCUGCGGGAAGCGUGAAUAAACCUAAAUAUACUAACAUACAAUUAUAUUUGUCCUCUUUUGAAGCGCAAUGAAACAGUUCUUUAGCUUAAAAACAUUCCAGAUUAUAUUUAUUUACUUUAAAGACUUAUUACAACGUUUUGAUUAAUAUGACGAGUAUUAUUUUAUUAAUUUGGUGCCGAUAAUUCGAUCCAAUUGCAUUAGUCGUGGUCGCGGCGGAUCUGCGGAGGCGGCGAGAAACUCUUGACACGUGGGCACUUGACACUAAUAGUACAUCAAUCUGUCUACGUGGCGUGUAAUUUGUUUCGGUCUUUGAUUCACGACACACACUGCUCACGACGUCAAUAUUUUCGGGUAUUUUUGUUGUAUUUGUACUGCGGAAUAAGAAUAUUAAUAAAAAACAUGUAUAAUUUUUGGAAAUAAGCAGAAAUUUUUAUUAAUGAUGUAGUAAUGAUAGUUAGUAAAUAUUUAAAAUUAUUUAAUAUUCAAUUGUUAUGAGUAUUCUAGAGUGUUAAUGCUGCUAAGAUUUGUCUUUAACCAAUUCCAAACGUGUUUCGCCUGUAAACGAGGCAUCCUCAGGAGAUAUUGAAUUCGUUGACACAAUUAAUGUAUUGUAAAUAAUUAUAUAUCUACUGAAAUAUUUAAGACUUAGACAGUACGGGCAGUGAGUUGCAGACUUAUCCAAAGUCGCGAUAAAAUCUUUAAGUUUCUCAUGCGACAAUUUUCAAAUCAAAUCAAUGUAUCACCACCCCCCUUUUUAGGGCAUUAGUCAAGUUUUUUACACUUUGAAUGAAGAUUGUAAAAUGCUUGAGGAAACAAAAAACUUCUCUUUAUCUUGUGCUGAAAUUGUUUUCAUCGUUUUGUUCAUUCUGGAUUAACAAAUAUGUAUUUUCAUAUUUACAAAAUUACAAGUUCAAUACCUUUAAUUGCUGCAAGGUAUGGAUAGGAUAAAAAGUGUCGGGUCGCCCGCAGACUUUUCUAAUGUCACGAACGAUUCUUUCUAUUCUAUCUUAGCAUAUAGAAUGGCAAAAUCUGUUAGUACUAUAAUAGAUAUCUAUAUCGUAGUUAAAUUUGUUAAAUAAAACAUUAUUCUUCUACGCUAUAAACAUAUUUUGAAUAAAUAGCAAAAAUCUUAGGACUACUGUUUAUCUCUGUAUUGCUAAUUGCCUUAAUAUCUCAAUUGUUAUGGAACGCUUGUAAGGAAUGCUCAAGAAUGAUACAUUAUCUCAUUUCUGAUUGCCAACUUUCACAAAAUUCAUACCAAAACGCGAACUCAAGUUUAAAUAUUAAAUUGUUAAUGAUUUUGAUCAUUUACUUGUAUUUUUUUCAUUUCUGCAACCAUUAGCGAAAUAUGAGGGUAUAUAUAAAUUUGUUGUUAUUUUCUAUAAAGGUUCAUGUAAUUUAGUACAGAAAUGUAACGGCCUGAAAUUGGAGAAGAAAUUGAUCUUGAAGAAAUAUUUAUGCAAAAAAUUUCAAUCACAGGUAUUUUAAAUAAAAUGAUCUCCAAAAAUCUUUGUACACCGCUUUUUCAUGCUUAAGAAGCGGUCUGUUUUAUUUUUGUUCAAUUAAAUUGCAGUGUGCUCCACAAAGCUUCAGUGGACAUCGACAUUAGCCUGUAACACUAUUCCUUUGAUCUUUCCAGUAACGUAGAAAUGAGUGUUGAUCAUCACACAUCAUCAAGCAAUCUCGUUGAGCUUCCUAUUUCAUAAAAAGUCUAUAAAUUAAUGAUUAAAUUGUGAUUCAAUAACUAUUCAUUUAUUAUUCAUUCAUCUGAAUGUUUCAACUGUUAUCGUGCGAAGUACAUCUAUCAAUUGAAUUUUCUCAUUCGAUACUUCGUAUUAUCUUGUAUAAUCCCGAUUAAAUUCCUAUUCCAUAAAAAGCCUAUAAUUGUAUUAUUAAAUUCUAAUUCAAUAUCUAUUCAUUUAUUAUUCAUUCACCUGAAUAUUUCAACAGUUAUCGUGCAAAAUACAUCUAUCAAAUGAAAUUUCUCAUUCGAUACCAAUUCGUAUUUUAUCAUCACAAAUCAUCGUCAUUCGAGUACUGAGCUCAAUGAGUUACGUGCUAGUAUAUAUUGAGCCGACUGAAUUGAACCGGAUAGCUUGUGACGUCAUCAUCGCGGCGGCUUCGUCUGUAUCGUGCCUAAUAUUGUUAUGCUUAUGUGUAUCCAAAUAAAAGCCUAAGGCUGGGUUGCAUUAUAUUAGCUAUUACAUUUAAUUUUAAAGUCAAAUUUCACGUUAACCAUAACGCUGACCUUAUCAUAGACCGCAUAAUGUGUUGCACCAUCGUAAUUCGUAUUCCUUGGCAUAGUUAAAGUUGAAAAGUAAAAUAUCAAGUCGAUAUCCAAUAUUUAUUUGAAUCUUUCGACAGGUCACUAUUUAACUAUUUGACAUUAACAAUAGCUUUAACCGGCGUUAAUUGGACGGUUAAGGUUAACAGUUAAAAUUAUAACGUCGUCUAAAAAUUGUCAAAUGGUGAGCUGCAGCUCAUUUUUGGCUUAACCGUAUCUUUAACAUGUUAGUAAGUUUUAGUUGGUGCAACCCAGCCUCAACAUAUUGUGAAAAAUUGUGUCAUAUUUCUUGUCAAAUUUAUUAUUAUGAUACAUUUUUUUUGGUGUUAUUAAUAAUUAUAAUAUUACAUUAAUGAUUAAAAAACAUAUAUUCUUAGAUGAAAUCUGUGAAUCAUUUUCUACAGUGAGUAUUAUAUUAUAAAAAAAACAAUUGACAUAGAAUUUAUAAUUGCUACUAGGUACUGUUACCAUUUCCUAAUGCAUUGAUAGAAAUACUUGUUCAGUACCGAUACUUUGAAAUUUCCUUGACACAAUUUUGAUUGGAUAGUUGUAAAGUAAUUUUAUUGACACAAUUUUGAUUGGAUAGCUGUAAAGUAAUUUCAUUGACACAAUUUUGAUUGGAUAGUUAUAAAGUUAGAUUUAAUUUGACCACCGAAUCCGGUUCUAAUUGAUCUUAACGCUAGGUUAAAAUUUAUUGGCACUAGAAAUUCCUUGAUUGUGUAGCUCAAAGUUUUGUUGGCCCAAAUUUGAUUUGGAUCACAUAAGCAAAGGUUCUGCUUGUAAAACCGCCGUGACGCAAGGAUACAAUAAAUUAUUUACAAUAAAAUGUUUAUUGUUACGGUAA